AUGAUGCUAGGUCGAGGCGGGGCGAUACCAGUGGUCGGUCUCGUGGGUGCCCGCGCAUCCUCUGUUAGCGGCCCUAUUGCGACCUUGGCUGCGGUGCAGAAGGUGCCACAAAUCUCCAUGGCCUCUACCAGCCCAAGUCUCUCAAACAAAGAGGCCUAUCCGUUCUUCUUGCGCACUGUGCCGCCGGACAGCCUUCUGGCGCUGGCACUGUGGCAGUGGAUCUUGAAAUUUGAUGUCCCUCUGGCCGCCUGCUUAUAUUCCUCAGAGAGCUAUGGGCAAGGCCUCUUCAAUGAGAUCUUAGACCUGGCGAGAGAGGACCAAGAGCCUGAUCGCCUGCAGGGUCGGGCAAUACG